UUAUAACAUUACGCAAAGUAUUAUUUUCUUUAUCGAUCGUAAUCUUUAUGUUUUAACAUGAAAUUACAACUUCGUGAUAAUAAAUAGCGCUUUUGCCUUAUAAUUUAUUAUUCUACUUUAGAAAUUCAUGUACAGAAAAUCUGGAUUCAGAAUGUAUUUGUUGGAUGAACGAACGUGAAUUAUAAAUCUGCCUUACAGAUUGAAAAUCGCACACAUAUGCAGCGAUCGAAUACAUACUCAUAGCGGUGAAAUACGUACACUGCAUCCAUACAUGCAACAAUCUGUCCGCGCAAAGUUCGCUUUUAUCUGAUUAUACACAAGUACACUAUUCAUGACGUUGACAUUAUACGGUGAAUAACAAAAGUUGUAAAAGGUCUGUAAAAAAGACGAAGAUCACGGAAGAACGUGGUUACAUCGUAAUGUGUUUAUGGAUAAUAAGUUUGAAUUAAAGAAGUGGUCCUACUUACCGAGGAUGGAAUAUAUGACUAAUUUAAAAAGUAUUCUAAUUGUGAUUUUUAUACACUUGUCGGUGCUAAAUUGUGCUCAGUCAACAAGAACUUACGUUAAAAAUGUGCCCCCUAAUAGCGGUGAUGUUAUACCAAGUAUAAGUUGGGUAUUUAGCGAUCCUGUUGAUAGUAUCCGUAGGGUUAAGAGAGCAAGUGUGCUCAAUUAUUUACCUCCUAAAUGCCGACAGAACUUAAGUCGGCUAUGCAAUGAUAUAAAUAUAAAUAAUGAUGAAUUGACUUUGUUAGAGUGCAUUCAAAGAUUCAAGCCAACCGAAGUGUCUAGUAUCGAUGAUGAAUGUCGUCGAGCAAUUUGGGAGUAUAUCUUAAAUGUUACUAGUAAUUUGAACAUAGAACGAUUAGCUAAGAAAACCUGUGGCAAGGAAUUAGAUCAUUUGAACUGCCCCACAUCCGAGAAGCAUGGAACAUAUUUGUCUUGUUUAAUUGAUAAAAGAGAGAAAGUCAAGGAUGCUGAUUGUAUUGCAUAUAUUCAAAGAUUAGAAUGGAUUGCAUUUAGUGACUUUAGAAUUAUAACACCGUUUUCUACCGAUUGUGGCAUUGAUAUUUUAAAAUUUGGUUGUGAGAAAAUACAACCCAGAGAUAUAUACCAGGGACAAGUAUUAGCUUGCUUGCAAGAACAUGUCAAUGAUCUUGAGGUUCAAUGUAAACAACACAUACUCCAUGUGUCUGAAAUACAAGCUGAAAAUGUAGAAUUAGAUCGACAAUUAUACAUUGCUUGUGAACAAGAUCGUAUCAAAUUUUGCCCAAAUAUUAGAUCGGGUAGUGGUCAGGUGUAUAAAUGUUUGAUGCAACAUAAAACAGAUAGAUCUAUGACAGGAAUGUGUCAAGAUCAACUUGCAAGAAGAGGAAAAUUGAUAGCAUCUGAUUAUCGAAUCAGUAAAGGAUUAGUCAAAGCGUGUAAAGAAGAUAUACGAAGUAAUCACUGUAGGAGGUCCUCUGAAGAUAAAAACAUAAGGCUUGCCCAAAUCCUACUUUGUUUAGAAUCAGUAGUGAAAAAUGGUACUAAGAUUGAUGGCAAUUGCCAAGCUGAAAUGUUUGAUCAUAGAAAGCUUUUAAUGGAGGACUAUAGGUUGUCCCCAGAAAUAGUUGAUGGAUGUGCUUCUGACAUUACAACAUUCUGUAAUGGUGUUGAAGUUGGUGGUGCAACAAUUCAUUGUUUGAUGGAACAUACAAGACCCAGAAGAAAGAAGUCAAGGGUGUCUAACAAAUGUCAAAAAGCGUUAGAAGACUUAAUUAUGGAAGCAGAUGCUGGAGAAGAUUGGAGAAUUGAUCCCAUCUUACGAGAACAAUGUCAACCUGUUGUUAAUUUAGCUUGCAGAGAUGUAACUGGAGGUGAUGCUAGAGUAAUAUCUUGCCUCAUGGAACAACUUGGUACAAACAGAAUGACAGAAGCUUGUGCAACUGCUUUAGUUCAAAUACAAUAUUUCAUUGCUCGAGAUUUUAAAUUAGAUCCACAGUUGUACAGAACUUGUAAAUUUGAUGCAUCAAGAUUAUGUCAUGCAAGAAAUGCAUGGGCUAGUGAUGGAAGACAAAUGGACCCAGAAAGGGGUCCCCUUAUUUUACCAUGUUUAUACAGACAUGCAUAUCAUCCUCAAAAAAAUAUGACAUUACGAACAGAGUGUCUUGAAGAAAUUAGACGUGUAAUGAGACAAAGAGCUGUAAAUGUUGACUUACAACCAGAGAUUGAAGAAGUUUGUCUAAAUGAAUUAGCAACAUUUUGUUAUGAUAGAACUGCAAAGGGAGAAGAAAUAUCGUGCCUUCAAGAUUAUUUAGACAGUUUAAGCAAAAACUGUAAAUUGGCAGUUGGCAAUUUUACAGAAGAACAAGCUGAACGUGUUGAAUUGAAUCCAGUAAUUUCUGCAGCUUGUCAACAUAUCAUGGAACGCCAUUGUGAGGAAGUAUUAAAAUAUGGUAAAGAUGAAGGUGAUAUGAUGGAAUGUUUGAUAGAACAUAAAAAUGAUUUGGAUAUACGAUCUGAUAAUAAGUGUAAAGCAGCAGUGGAACAUUUUCAACUAAUAUCAUUAAAAAAUUAUCACUUUACAUAUAAAUUUAAAGAAGCCUGUAGACCUUCUGUCAAAAGAUGGUGUCCAAAAUCUAAAACUAAAGCAGAAGUAAUAGAGUGUUUAAGUGUAACAGUACAAGAAGAUAUAAUGAAAGACACACAACAUCGCGUACCAAAAGAAUGUAGGCAACAAUUAAGAGCACAAUUGUAUCAGCAAAGAGAAAACAUUCACUUUGAUCCUAUUUUGCAAGCACAAUGUGCAGAUGAUGUAAAACAAUAUUGUUUUAAUGUUGAAGCAGGCAAUUCGCAGAUUCUUGAGUGUUUAGCAGCGCAUAAAUCGAAAUUGUCCGAUGCAUGCCACAAGCAAAUAUUUAAAGUAAGAAAACAAGAAUUUCAAGACAGCUCAAGUGAUUUUGCUUUAUUAAAUACCUGCCGUGUUAUGGUAAGACAAUUUUGUCACGAUGUAAGUCGCUCGCAAGCAUUGGAUUGUUUGAAAAGAUACAAAGAUGAACCUACUUUUGAUGGAAAGUGUAAAAAUAUUGUCAUCCGCCGAAUGAUUGAACAAAACACCGAUUAUAGAUUUAAUACUGCCUUACAAGCAUCAUGUUCCUCUGAUAUUAAUAAACACUGCAAAGAGGUUUUACUACAUGAACCUACUGAUAAGGAACUUGAAGGAAAGGUAAUUCGAUGUUUAAAAAUUAAAUUUCGAGAAGCAAAGCUUCAAACGAGAUGUGAACAUCAAAUAACUAACAUUCUCAAGGAAGAAGCAUUAAAUUAUCACUUAAAUCCGUUACUUGCAACACUUUGUGCACACGAGAUUGAAACGAUAUGUAGAGCAGAUGAAAACGAUCCUGGUGCAGUAGAAGAAUGUUUAAAAAUAGAAUUUAAUUCCGGUAAUAGAGAUAUGAAAGAGGAAUGUCGCCUUGAAAUUGCAGCUUUGAUAGAACAAAGAAGGGCGGAUAUUAAUGUAGAUCCUUUGUUACAAAAAGCGUGUGCCAUUGAUGUAAGUAAAUACUGCAGCGCUAUACCUCAAGGAGGGGGGAAACAUAUCAUGUGUCUUCAAAAUGUAAUGGAUGAUAGUAAUAAAUCUUUACAACCUGAUUGUUAUAAAAUGCUAACCACAAGAAUAGAAAUGUUUAGAAACGCAGUGAAGUUAAUUAGUCCAAAUUCGAUACAGGAACUAUAUUCAACCGUAAAUCGGUCUCCUGCAAGACGAUACUUUAUGAUUGUGGCAUUAACGAUGAUUGGUUUGAUCUUUAUAACAGGUUUAUUUUGUGGAAGAGUGUCGAGACGAACAAUAAUAAUGAAAAGCAAGCGAUAAAUUUCUAAUUACAAUGUCCGUCCUCGAAAAAAAUAUCGCUUGAUGCAGUUAGAAACAAUAAAAAAGAUACUCUUAAAGUAAAUGUUCAGAAAGGAAUAAAAAGUGAUCGAUCUGGUGUCCUCGCCGCAAGAUAUCAAAUUAUGCAGGAAAUAAUAUGUAGAUCGGAAAAUAUUAACCUUUUUAUAUGCUUUUUUUAUCAUAAUUAUUGAGGAGUAAUAUCUAAAUGUUAUAUAUACAUAAAUGCAGUUAUGUUCGCGAAUUAUUUGAUCUGUAAUUCAUAGUAUUAUCAUAUAUGUAAAAACUGUAAAAGUCGAGUGAAUGGAAUGUAUGAUAAGCAAGAAGUGAUUCGCAAUUGAAGUAGAUUUUAAUAAAAAAAAUUAAUUAAUAGACAAUAUAUACGGUGUUCAAAGAUGUGCAAUGGAUAUUUUAGUGAUAAUUCAACAAAUCAAAAGUGACGUAAUUGCGAUACUGUCGCUUCGUUUCUAAUUAUCAAUAACUUGAAAACGAAGCCAAAACUGCAAUUUCAGCACUUUUGAUUUUCGGCUUAUUUUAACCACAUCCUGAAGUAUCUAUUUCGCGUAAUCAAACACCCUAUAUAUGAGUUUCGGAAGGUUUCGUGGUAAUAAUAGUUAAAAUGCAGCUGGCCAAUCUAUGAAACUUUGAAGAUCAUAGAUUCGAGUCUCACUCGUUCGAAAUCUCUCGUUCUCCAUAAAACCCCACAGUUUUUGGACUCACUGUGGGAGGGGGGUAUCGUCCACAGGAAACAAAGACAAUUACAAGAACCUGUGCAAAUCGCACACAAGAGAGAUUGUCAGAGAGAGAGAAUAUAUAUUAAAAUAAAAUGAUAAAAAUUUAUGUCAAUACUCUAUACAUUUGUGAUACGUAACAAAGAACAAAAAUAAAAUAAUGUCACGUUUUAUUUAAGGUAAAAUA